AUGGCCUUCCACGGCCAGAGUGUCGUCCCUCUCAAAGAAGACCCAUUCAAAGGGCAAGAACAAGAGCUCACUGGAGCUGCCAGCACCACAACAACCAUCAAUAUUCGAUUUACCCACGCUCGAGGCAUCAUGGCAGACGCUCGCGGCAAAGACAUUCAGGAUUGCUGCCUCUGCGGCAAGGCUUGCAAGAAGGCCAGCCGCAAGGAUUUCCCUUGCGGCUGUGCUCCCUACUGCACUACGUGCGCCACCGCCUACCUUCGUUCGUGCCUCUACAAGCCCUUCCACAAGCCGCAGUGCGAGGGCGUCUGCGGAUCUCAGAUGUCCGUCCCCGAUACCUGGGCCCGCCAGCUGCUUCGCCGCGCGGAGGCUAGAACGUACUUCGACCUCGCCGCCGAGACCGAUGAGAUCCCCCGCAACGCCGCUCUCUACUGCCAGGACACCGCCUGCGGCCGCUACAUCCCGCCUCGGAACCGUCAUGGCGGUCCGAACCUUGACGCCGGCACCGGAAACGGCACUGGUACCUGCCCCUGCGGCAAGCUCACCUGCGUUCGAUGCGGCGACGAGGUCCACCAGGGCAUCACCUGCGAGCAGAUUCGGGCUGGUUGGGAGGCGGAGGGAAAGCUUGAGGAGGAACUUGCGCGUCAGAGUCGUCGUGUCAUGGCGCGUUUGACCAUCAAGGAGUGCCCCAAUUGCCACAUCCCAGCUGAGAAGAUUGAUGGUGGCUGCGAUGUUGUCCGCUUCUUUCACUGGAGCAGUGCGAAGUUUAAGGACCCCCGAAAGUUCGCCGAGGGCAAGUCUGGCGAUGAGAUGCCUGGCGAUGACAAGACUGAGGAUGUCAAGCCUGUCUAUGACAACAUGGAGUCUUUCGAGUUCAACCCUUUCGAGGACAAGCCCGCAUCGAACGAGUCCGCCGAGGCCAACUCUAUCAACGACAAAUCCGCCGAGACCAUGUCCGUCGAUGAGAAGCCUGCCGACACCAAGUAG